UCCCCCAUUUCCCACUUCUCAACCCACUUUCCUUUGCUUUUCUUCUUUCUUCAUCCUCUUCUUCUUUCUCAUUCUAACAAAUUCACAAUCAAAGAAAGCAAUGGCCGCAGCAAGAGAGCCAUUCAACAUGAAUGAAACAGCAAGAUCUCCAACAGGGAGCAUGGGCACACAACAACACUCACCAUGGCAUUCUCCUGUGCCAUACUUGUUUGGUGGGCUGGCAGCCAUGUUGGGUCUCAUUGCUUUUGCUCUUCUCAUCCUUGCAUGCUCCUACUGGAGACUCUCUGGGUUCCUUGACGGAGAAGGCAAUUCUGAGAGAGACCUUGAGGCUGGCCAAGACGGUGAGGCCAAGUCUAACGAUACGCAUAAACAACCACCAGUGUUUGAAGAGAAGUUCUUGGUGAUUAUGGCUGGUGAGGCUAAGCCAACUUAUUUGGCUACCCCCAUGUCAAGUAGGUCAUCUUCUUUCGGUAAUACUACUUGUAGCAGCUGUGGGAGCGAGAAGAGUGACAAGUCUUUGGAAAUGACUGAGACAGAGACAGCCAAGCAGGCACAGAUACCAGUACCACAACAAAGUGACAACAACGAGAGCGAGAGAGAGAGAGAGGCUCAAGCCAAUGAGACCUCAGGCUCAGCUGAUUAGAGUCAGACCCAUUAAUGAAUUCGUUUUCGUUUUUGGGUUUUGGCUUUCAUGGGGGGAGCUAGCUCAUAUUGCAGGUUUUUGCUCUAGGACACAUUAGUAGGAGUGUCUGUACUAUGAGCUUUGCAUGUUGGACUAGUAAUGGGUUUUCAUGGAUGUAUUUCCAUUUCUUCAACCCCUUCCCCCCCUUUUUUUAAUUCGGGAAAUGUAAAUUUAUUUGAGAAGGAAUGGAACAAAAAGAAUUUUGUGCCUA